GAUUCAUUCACUUCUGCUCAUUCGGGCAACAAGGAUUGGAGGCCAUAGGUGGGAACCAGAGAGCAAAAAGUUCACUUCACACCAUAGUGUGCCAAGAGAAAGGGAACGCAAAUACUCUGGAGCUCUUACUGUGUGCUGACAGUCAACCAUGGGUGACUGGAGUUUCUUGGGUAACAUCCUUGAGGAAGUUAAUGAGCAUUCGACAGUAAUCGGUAGAGUGUGGCUGACAGUCCUCUUCAUCUUCCGAAUCCUCAUCCUGGGCACGGCUGCAGAGUUUGUGUGGGGCGACGAGCAGUCGGAUUACGUGUGCAACACGCAGCAGCCAGGUUGCGAGAACGUUUGCUAUGACGAGGCCUUCCCCAUUUCACACAUUCGCCUGUGGGUACUCCAGAUCAUCUUUGUUUCCACACCAUCUUUGGUGUACGUGGGUCAUGCUGUCCAUCAUGUACAUAUGGAGGAGAAACGCAAGGAACGGGAGGAGGCUGAACUAAACAGGCAGCAAGAGAAUGAGGAAAGGCUGCCACUUGCACCUGAUCAGGGGAGUGUCCGUACAGCCAAGGAGACAAGCACAAAGGGCAGCAAGAAGUUCCGUCUAGAGGGCACACUGUUGAGGACCUAUAUCUGCCACAUCAUCUUUAAGACUCUCUUUGAGGUAGGCUUUGUGGUGGGCCAGUACUAUCUGUAUGGCUUCCGAAUCCAGCCACUUUACAAGUGCAGCCGCUGGCCGUGCCCAAACACGGUUGACUGUUUUGUCUCAAGACCCACUGAGAAAACCGUUUUCAUCAUCUUCAUGCUAGCUGUGGCCUGUGUCUCACUUUUCCUCAACUUUGUGGAAAUCAGCCAUUUAGGCCUGAAAAAGAUCCACUUUGCAUUCCGUAAACCAGCCCGGCCACAAGUUGAGGGACAUGGGGCAGUUGAAAAGGCCCUGCCUUCCAUGGCAGUCUCCUCUAUCCAGAAAGCCAAAGGCUAUAAGCUGUUGGAGGAGGACAAAGCCGCAUCUCACUUCUUCCCCAUGACAGAGGUAGUGGGGAUGGAGGCUGGGCGGCUACCGGCUCCUUACGAGCCAUUUGAUGAGAAAUCAAAUGAGGCAGCUGCACCUAAGAAAGACGUUUCGAAGCUGUAUGAUGAAACGCUGCCCUCCUAUGCACAGAUGACCAUAAUAGGGCAAAGUGCGACAGGAGUUCUAUGCAGGGACGACAAUGAGGAUGAUUUGGCUGUGGAAGCAGACGUGGAAGCCAGUGAGACAAUAGAAGAUACGCGACCGCUAAGCAGCCUGAGCAAGGCCAGCAGCCGUGCAAGGUCAGAUGACUUGACAGUAUAAAUAAACUGGAUUAGAAGUACAACAAUAUAAAGUCUAGUUAUACUGAAGAAAGUAAAAACUAGUGAGAGAAAGAGAGGUGCCUUCCGGCAACUGUGACAACACUUAUAAUAUCAGUUUAUUAUUUUGAAGAGGAAAAAGAUAAAAAAUUAAAAUAAUGCUGUGCAAUUUUUGUGAGGAAACUUGAGAGCUUGAUUCACUUUUUUAUACAGCAGUAUUUUUUGUACUAUUUUAUCAAACAGAUUUAAGACAUUAUCAAACUAAAUGUAGAGAUCUGUAGCAGCUAGAUCUACGGUGGGAGGUGUAAGUCGGGAGAACAUAUUUAGCAAAAUAUGUGCUGUUUUUUUUUUAAAUAAUAACUUUUCUAUACAGAAUUUUACUUAUCUAAGAUGAGAUUCUGAUGUUUACAUUUUUGGAUUAGCCAUUAGCUAAAUGUUGUAUGUGAUAUUUUGAAAUUAGUAUUAUUCUGAUAAGAAAACUGUCAGGGCAUCAUCCUUUUCACCUCAAUAAGUUCAACCAUACAUGAUAAUUACCAAAUCACUCUUAUUGAUUUGUAUGUAAAUGGUACUGUAAUGUUUGGCAUGGACAUGUGUAUGUGUGAGGUGAAACUAAUGCUGAUAGUGUCAUUGCACAGCUGUUCAUCAUGGCUUCCUAUCAAAAUAUAGACUAUUUAUUUAAAAGAAAUGAUCACCACUGAUAAAUAUGAAGAAUUAUAAAAUACAUUUUUUCUGGUGUCACUCACUUACAUUGAGUGUAUUUAACUAUAACUGUACUAAUUGCAUUAGCCAUAGAAAUGAUUGCAGGCCACAUUCUUUGUAGACUCUGUGCAUGCAUCCAUGAUGACGAUGAUGAUAAAGAUCAUGCCCAAUCAGCACAAAGUAUUGUUCAACAAGUGUCAAUAAAACAACAUUACAUGACGUGUCAUUACAGACGGUCAGAUAUCAGACAUUGUUGUAAACAACAUGUCCACACUUUGCCCUCCAUGACCCUGAAGGUUUUUUUUUUUAAGGCAACUUUAAAGAUUUCAGAGGACAAGAACAGAAGGGCUUCACCACUAAUUUGACCUAAAACAAAAACAAGGCCAUGGACAAUAGUGUGAAAUAGCAAAAAAAAAAAAAAAUAUUUCAUCGUCAGUCAUGCAAGUUUAGUUUGAAAUUUUGGGGAGAAAAUGUUUUAAAUUUUUUUUUUUCAUUAUUAUUACAAGUUCCUCUAUUGUUUCUCAUAGUGAUUUUCUUUUGACCAUAUAAAAUGUCUCAUUGUUUUUCACUUUGUUUCUAAAUACUUUCACAGUUCUACUGAAGUCAUAGGACAUAAUUUACUGAAAUGUAUAAAAAUGUAAUGUUAACAGGGUGUUUACGAUACCAGAUAUGUCAAAAGAGUUAAAAGUGCCUGUCCCCCCUCUCUCUCUCUCUGUGGUUUGAAUGUAAAACUGUUAUUUCAUGCUGCUUAUAAGCCUUUCCAGUAAUGAAAAUAACAGAAUGAAAAAAAAAAAAAGGAAAACUUUUUGUUUGCUUGCACAUCACUAUUCUCUUCCCGUUUUACUCUGUUGCAUUUCUAUGAACUGGUUAGUGGAAACAACUUUGAAAACACAAUGGCUGUAACUGAUAAGAUAAGUGCAUAACAUUACUUUAAAUAUUAUUUGAUUUACGUAAAAUAAGCUUUCAUUACCUGUGAAAUAAUAAAAUAAACAACCAGCACAAACUUUGUCAGCUAUCAUGCAAAGAAGUUUGCGGCAGACAAAUUAUUCUGUAUUUUGCAGUGGUCACAGAGGUUAAGCUGACAGCGAUCAAUCUGUUCACAGAAAACAAAUAGCCCAGGAAAAAAGAAUGAAAGAGACAAUAAAAUAGCACACUGAUUUGUCCUCAAGACAGAUUUGGGGUUGGCAAUGCUAUAAUGAUAUCUCAUUAAUGGUCAUCAGUUCUUAACUGUGAUUUUAAUUACUUUGUUCAAGUUCUUCUGUUGCUUUUAUAUUAUUGGACAUAAUUUUUUCUUAAUAAUUUCUUAAACACAAAACAUUCUUUUUACUAACUUGUGUUUCUUUACUGCUUAUAUACGCUUGCAUGAGGAAUUAUCGUAAAUUGAAACCUGUGGAAAUAGCCAAUAAAGUUCAU